AUGAUCCGAAUUUGGGAUUGUUUCCUGCUGGAAGGAACAAAAGUGUUAUUCCGAUUUGCAAUUGCUGUUUUAUCAAUCCAUGAGAGUGAGGUGUUGCGACGAACUGAUACGAUAUCUGUUAUCAAAAUUCUGAAAGCAUCUGUUCGCCUUACUUACGAUCAUGAAGGCCUAUGCAAUUUGGCAUUCGAUAACACGCAACCGUUUCCUUCACGUUCUGAAAUCGAACGCAAACAAAAAUGGUACUUGGAUCUCCUGCGUGAAAGACUCAGUCGGAAGAAGCAGUUACGCCAUGCAUUUGCUUCCAUUACCGUGGGAAAAUCCGGGUAUCCGACAAUCGAACUGGUAGCAUUCAGUACGGAGCAGGAAGGAUCGGGUUUCGUUUGUGCGGGCGAUCAAUCCACAGGCUUCAUAAUGCGUCUCAAUCUUGCCGAUGGUGCAUCAAUCAUGCAAAAACUUGAAAUGCAGUUUGACUGCAAAAUCCUAUCGAUGGUGAUACGAGAGAACCAAAUCGCUUAUGUUUCGCUUCUUUCCGGCACAAUACUAUGGGAGCUGAAAGUGCCGGACUGUGCGCUCAAAUUACUGUACCACGACGGAAUAUUGUAUGCGGCACUUGCCAACGGUAUACUUACCAUUAUUGAG